UAGACAUGCCAAUAUACUAACUUAUACAUAAACAUACUACUAAUAACAUUAAAAUAAAAAAAAACAGUAUACAACAUGAUCAAAAUAAUACUAUCAAUAGAAUUAGAUUAGAAAAAAAUAAUUAUAGCAUACACACAAAUACCGAAAGUAUAUAAAUGUUGAAGAAAUGAAAAGUGAAAACGGCAAGAAAUUCCUCGAUUCUACUGAUCAUAAUAAUUUCAGUCAAUUAACAACUAUUGAACAAGAUACUCAAUUUUCCAGUGUAGUACACAUAAUAUUUCCAAUUGGACAUAUAUAGAUACAUAACUAUAUAAAAUAAACGAUUGAAAUAUUCCAAUCAACAUGGUUUUUGGAAAACAAAAAUUAUCUCAAUUAUUUGAUUUUACCAAAUUUGCUGCUAUAAGUAAUGUUUCAUUAGAUCCUCGAAAAAUAAUGGAACGUAAUACUAAUCUUCAAAAGAUUUUAAAAAUAUUAGCUUUAAUUAUUUUGGUGAUCAGUUUCAUUGGACUAAUAAUUAUCAUUGUCUUGUAUAUUAUAAGUCAUAACAUUCCAGAUGUGUAUUCAGUGGUGAUUGAUGCAGGAUCAACUUCUUCAAAACUUCAUUUAUAUAAAUGGAUCGAUGAACCAUUUCGAUCAAAUGGAAAAGUUGAUGAAGUAACUAAUGAAAAAGUUUGUAAGUGAUUUAUUCUAUCGAAAUUUAAUUUAGUUAACCUUUUUGAAAAAGCAAUGUUUCUGCUUACUUUCAUUGAUAAUCAUCUGAUUAAUUAUUAGAAAUCAGACCAGGCUGUUGGUAAACGUUUAUAAGACAACAGUUAUUCUUACCUAAAUUGAUUGAUUUCAUUGUAUUUUUGGUGGUUGAAGAUUUUACUCGUGUAGACUCGACCAUAUUUUACAAAUUAAAUAUGCAAAAUUUUAGUUGCUGUUCAUUUGACUCCAAUUAGAUCGUAUGAUUAUGUUAUCGAAAUAUAUAUCCCAGCUAUCCUCGUCUAUAAUUAUCGACUUUUACCGCGUUAGUGAAUAACAGCAUUAAAUAAGUCAAAUACGAGAAUAAAGUUUGAAUAUGUAUAUUUCGUACACUCACUGAUCUCAGCAAGACCAUCAAUGAAACGAAGCGGAUAAAGUGGAGCGAAACAUACUUAGAGAAGAAGACGAAUGAACCAACUCGAUUUUAUCAAGCGUGAAAAAAAACAAAUUACCGACACACGAUGAAUAGGGCAAGCAACUCGAAUGCAUACGCUUACAUCAAAACACUCAAGGUUGAUAAACGAAUAAGUGACAGGACAAAAUGUUGCUUGAGUAGAAUGAAUAAAUUAGUCUAUCCAAAGGCCAGAAUAGCCCAUAUGGGCUUGACAUAGUACCUGCCACUACAAAAUAUAAACAGAAUAUCACUAGUAAUUUGUAAAAUAAAUUUUCCUAUGAUUAUUAUCUAUUGUGAAAACUUAUUACAGAAUGAACUGGUAUCUGAGAUACUGUAACCUGACAAAAAAAGAUGUUUGACAUACUACACUACGUAUAGAGACUUUGAAUGGUUGAUAAACUUAUCUUGAUUCGUUGUGAUUUAUUGUUAUUAAAAACUUAACGAACUGUUUACUGUAUAAAUAUUCAUCCCAAUGUCUCUAUAACAGUAAGUAUAAGAGAGUCUUUAUUUGCUCAUACACAUUUCGUGAAUCCGUUUCAUUUUCCCUUAACAUUGAAAUGAUUAACCGUACAUUCUUUUUUAAUUUAAUGUCAUUGAUAUGCUACUAUCACUGUUGUCCUAUUAACUCGAUGAAACAUGUAAAUCACACUUAGGGAAAAACGAAAAACUUGUUCCUCUUAAGUUUUCCACUUCAAUAUUGCUUACGACUAUCAUUAUAAAAACAGCAUAUUCACUCUCUAGAUAAUCUUUAAAUAUGGUCCUACAUCGGAAUAGCUUAUAAUGUUGUUAAUCGUUUAAUUAUUAGUGAUUACUUAAAGUUUAAAUUGACUCCAUUAUCAUUAAAUUUAAUUCCCCUUCUGAAAAUUUUCUAUCAAGGAUUAUAGAACGUGAAGAAAUCAUACAACUGUCUGUAGUUUAGUGUGCAUGAUUGUAUUUUGUUUUAUCGAUUAAUUGUUGCCCUAAUGACCUUGGAAAGAUGAUUAUGUGAACACAGAGUUAUUCAAUUUAAAAUACAUAAGCGUUAAGUAUUAUAAAACUGAAGUAACUUUAUUUUCAACGUAUCUUCGUUUCAAGUAAAUCUUGGUCAUUGGUACGAAACUAUCGAUUAUUCUAUCGUUUAAGUGGUGAUUAGGAUAUGGAUUCAUUCUUCGUUCGCUGAAAUUGCGUUUUUAUUUUGAGUACAAACUUCAGAGGUUUGUGCUGAUGGUUAUUUUUAAACGGUGACGCAAGCAUUAUAAUUGAACGACUCAUCUCAGAUAACGCAUUUUCAGUAAAACCAUCUACUGGUCACGGCUUCUAAAUAGAACUCCAGGAGUUACAUUAUUAUAAAGUCAAUUGGUUCGCAACUCCUCUACAUAACAAAAGCCAUCAGGAUCCACUCCAAAAGACCUAAUUUAUGUAUCUAAAAGAUGUUUGUUCAAGUUCCAUAUUUGUCUUGCACCACUAUCGGACCACCACAUAUUUAAACCUUAUGUUAUAAUACCUUACCCUUGAUUCCCUUCAUGUUCGUAUCUAUUUUGUACCAUUUUUAAUUUACAUAGUCAUUUUUGUUAAUUCACGUGCAUUUCUCGCCGCAAUCGCUCUGGCAACAACUCUACAUAUUAAAUUCACAUGCCUUUACUAUUAUUAUUAUUAUUAUUAUUAUUAUUAUUAUUAUUACCCCCACUAAUCAGACUAAAUUUCUUCUACCAUGCAUUUCAUUCACAUGGUUUAUUUUAUUGUCAUUACAUCGAUUGUAACUUAACACCUUACAAUGAAUCAUUCUAACCUUUCGUAAAUGACCUUUCUAAUUUACAAACGAUAUGAUUCUAUAGUAUUUACACUGUAUCAAAUGCAAAAGCUCAUCAUUCAUUCCUAACACAACAUUGUCUAAUUCACUGAUGUACUUUAUUUUGACAGUUAUGGUACAGUGAUUAUUGACUUGAAAACUGUCAAGCCUGAUAAUGAUUUUGCUGAAAACAGUGUUUCACUUUAAUUCACUUGAUAUUGUUUUACUUGACUCUUCCCAUUGAUGUUUAAGACUGCAAUUGAUCAUUCUCUUAUUGGCAUAUGUGCAUACUGUGUGUAUUGGCUCGAUAUUGUUUCACUUUGUUUUUAAAGAACAUAAACGUCUUCUACCAUUGAUUAAUCUCAUUAUUUCAACAGUUGAGAUCAUGAGUCAAUUGAAGCCAGACCACCAUGAAAAACCUGGAAGCACUGGACGGCGGUUUCGUCCUAUUGUGGAACUCCUCGGUAGUGCGCAUCCACGACCUAUCAGUCUCGCUCCAGGCACUUAACCGACAAGGCCAUUGAGCCGGCCUCCAACGGUGUUAUUGUCCAACUUCAACUAAUCCACGAAAUUGAGUGACGCACACUGCUGAGGAGUCCCACAGUAGGACGAAACGGCCGUCAAGUGCUUCCAGGUUUUCCAUGGUGGUCUAGCUUCAAUUGACUCAUGAUCUCAACUUUUGGAAUUACUACAAUCUCCACAAAACCUCUUCUGAUACUAAUCUCAUUAUUCUUAAUAUUCCAUAAUCUCAUUGAUUGUUAUUUUUGGUAGGAGGUCUGUUCAAACUUUUGGUCCACCUAUUUCUCAACUUUGCAAAUAUUACAAUAAACUUUCAUGUAUUAGAUUUGUCAGUGUAUGGUUGUGGCAAUUGUUGAAUUUUAUUGAAAUUAUGAAUUAAUCUAAGUUAGAUAAAUAUUGGUAACCUGGAGGCACUGCAUGGCUGUUCCAUCCUAGUAUUGGACUCCUUAGUAGUGUAAAUCUACGACCCAGCAAUCGGUAAUCGGACGCAGGAUCUUCGGACUAGCAUGAGAAUACCUAAUAUCUAGACCACUGAACUGAGAUCCAACGGCAUACAUGUCUAACUGCAAUCGAUCGGUCAUAUUGCGUGGCCAUCUUCCAUCGCCUUCGGUGAGUAACUGUCUCAUACUUGACAGAGUUGUACUUCUCUGGUCAUUGCUUCUCACUAGAUUUGUUCGGAUUGUGUAAUUAUGAAUACUAACUCUAUAUACGCAAAUACCGUAUUAUGAAAAAUUUACAAUCUAUCAUUAUGCUAGGUACUGGAAAUUUCAAACGGAAUUUCUGAACUUGACAUAUUUUCUUCCUCGUUUUCCCUUUAAAAAAAAGGAACGAACACAAUCAAAUUGAUGCAUUUAAUAUUUUAUAAAUGAGAAAUGUAGCUAUUCAAACUAAACGGAAAGCAUUUAGUGGAACCCUCCAUUUUGACGUCAGUUAGAGAGGACUAUGUUAUCGACGGGCUCGUCACUUUAGUGGUUCGGGAUCUGACUCCAGUUAUAUGGUUAACAUUAAUUGCACGGCCAUUUCUUUAUUUUUUUUUCGAGUGAAAUGUCUGAUCGUUAUUGAUAAUACAUUCGUCAAUCCUCGUAUAUAAUUAUCGACCUAGAUCGCGUUAAUGAAUAACGUAAUUAAAUAAGUCAAAUACGGGAAUGGAUGUUUGAAUACGUAUAUUUUAUACACUAGUUGAUCGGAACAGACAAUCAGAGAGACGUAGCGAAGAUGAGAGAGCUAAGCGAAACAAAAGGACGCGUAGUGGAGAAAGCGUGUGAGCCAACUACAUUUAAUCAAGCGUUAAUCGACAAUUAUAGUGACACAAAAAUGAGCUACAAACAUGUGAUGAGUAGGAUAAGAUCUACACACACAUACGCUCAUAUAAAGACAGUCAAAGUUAAUAAGUGAAUAAUUAACAAAGUCAAAACGCGACUCAAAAAGAAUGGAUCAAUUGACCUGUCCAGAACCUAGAAUAGUUAUAUGGGCUUAACAUAGUGACCGACACUGCAGGCAUGCCCACUCUGCUGAAAAGGAGUGGAAGCUAUUGAUUAUUAAGAAAAUCAUUUGUAGAAUGUAAUUUUUGAAUAAUUAUGAUGUAAAUGUAUGCUAACGAGAUCUGUUUCCCAACACUGAACAACUGACGCUAAGGAUUCUUUACUGUACUAAAAUUUACAGUAAUGAAUAAAGCUACUAUCAUUAAGUUAAUUUGCCUUCUACACUCGGUUAAAAGUCUUUGAAUCAUUGGUCAUGCUGGACUUCAGUUAACCCUUCAGACAUUAAGUUUUAAUUCUUUAUAUCAUUGUACAUAUGGUGUUGUAUCACUUUAAAAGUGUAUGGUAAAACUGAUAAUCCAAAAUAUUUUGAAUUUUAUCGUAUUUAACCAAUAAAUUUGAUCAAAGCUAUUCAAUAUUAUUGCGUAAAAUAAUGUUUCAAAACCAAUGGAGCAUAGAUAAUCAAGAUGGAUGUUGUUUGCUUAUUUAAACAAUGUCUAAAAUAAAAUUAGUUCGUUUUAUAAUGCCAAAAGGUAUGUCUGUAUUCCAGUAUGUUAGAAAUACUAAGUAGAUUUCUGUCGUGUAUCAUUAAAUAUUCAUUAGCGUGUCUCAGGUAUCUAUGACUACCAGACUGUCAUUCGGUUAAAUGGAUGUCACAGCUAAAAACUGCACCCUUUCUCCUGUACAAGAGUACUGGCCGCACAUUUAGUGUGUAUUUGUUGAUAGUAUUAUCCACCUAAUUAUCCAUUGUAAUAAAGUGCAUCAGUUGUUUAAAACUGAAAUUUACUCAAAGCAAUAUACAGUACACUUUUAAACAUUAUUCUACUGAAAUUAUUUUGAAUGGCAAAAUUUUUUACUACUAUAAAUCAACUUGUUGAGUUGUCAUAUCUGUUAUAUUCUAACAAAGAAUAAAUGAAUGGCAACUGAUAGGAAUCAUUUAUGGACGAUUAUUACAUAUAUUCUUAUUGGAUAAUUACUAAGUUACCAGAAUGUAUAUUUUCGUAUUCCUUUCAUUUGACCAAUUUGUUGUUGAGAUACGAUUUGCCAUUCUUAACUUAUUCCCGAUUUGUUAGUCACAGUCUCUCACACUCACAGCCACUUUUGGCUUGAUCUUGUAUUAUUUUCAAUUUUACGGUGUGAUGCGGUCUGGUUUGCUUGUAUAUAGACUGCGUAUGUAUGAAAUAUACGAUUCAUACAGUGGAAGCUGAGAUUGUGUUCUGAAUUAAACGGGCAGGGCAAGGCAAGAAUAACCAAUUAGAACUCAAAGUCGACUCUAGGCUGCUCGUUCUGGUUAACGCAUAGGGUCAAGGUCGUAUAAAUCGGAUCCUGAUUCGCGAUCUUGUCAGGUGAUAAUUGACGGGGCAAAAGAUAUAACAAUAUUGUUCAACUUUUUCAUCUACUGCUGGCUGAAAGUAAUUUAAUCUAUUUCGAUCAGUAAACGGAAUAUCAUUAAAAACUUCUUCUUGGUCGACAGAUUUUCGCUAUCAUCUCACUGAAACGAAUGUCACUUAUGGAGCUGAAUGAUUCUUCACACUGGAUCACACAUUAAUUGAAGGUUCUAAUUUGAAUCACUUUACCUAAACUUAUUGGUCUUGAUAUAUCUUCUAGAUUGAGCGCCAGAUUCGGCUCCUAAACCGUGAAACACAAUGACGACGACCCUAGUCAAAAAUUCACUGACCCAUUUUGAUUAAUAAUUAGAAUAAAAUCACAUAUAUGAAAAAUACUUAGUUAUAACAAAUCAUAUGCUUCAUGUUAACUUAAUACAAGAAUAUCGUAUGUAAUACAGAAUAAAAUGUCAUAUGGGAAAACAAAACAAAUACUACACUGAAUAAUCAUUACAUUGAAUCAAAAUGGAAGUAAUGUUGACUACAAAUCAUAAAGGGUAAAUCAAUCGAAUUUUGACAUUUCCCGUCAUUUUAGGUUUACAUUUAUCAUGAUCAACAUACGAUCCAAAAAUCUUUGAUACAACUCAUAGAGGAAGAGGAUUGUGAUUUUGUACUGCUAAUUAACUACCUCGAUAUUAAAAUGAAUAAUUUCUCCUACAGUGUCUAGUUUUCAAUGACCUGCCAAUGAUAAAUAUAAAUUUAGUACACAUAUUUUCCUUUAUUUAAAACAAUUAGUCCCUUUGAUAAAUUUCGAUAAUGAUAAUCUUCGUCUUCUAAUAUCAUUAUCGAAAUUUUCCUUUAUUGUUUUGAAAAGAACAAGAACACAAAUUCUAGUAGAAUAACAUGGAUUCAUUUUAUUUCGUUGGCUCUCGUCAACUGCUUAAAACCUGUAAUAUUCAAAAAUCAUAAUUACAAAAUGGGUUUAAAUGACUUACCUGAAAGUAUUUAGUCGGAAGUUAUGUUGAAUUUAAUAAACUAAAUAUUGAAAAUAUAUACCUGCCAAAGCAGCUACAUUGGUCGAAUAGAAAGGAGAGCAUAUCUUAGAUUUUUUGAACAUGUUCCAAAAUGGUUUAGAACAAGAGGAAAAAUGACUCUAAACAAUGCAAUUACCAAACAUCUCUUGGAUGCAGAACAUCAGAUCGAUACCUUGCAAUCUCUCAAGGUGAUUAGUAAGCAACCAAACUCCAAUCUUCUAAGGUUUGCUAAAGCCGUUGCUAUCAGGCGUCAAAAACCUGAUUCAUGUGUUCAAAAGGAGGUGGUUAUUAACCUUUCCUUGCCUUGGUAACAAAUAUUCCUCCGUUGAAUCUUAAACAUUUUUUUAAAACUCUUCUUGUAUUUAUUACACCAUUGAGUUUUUAUUUUAAUUAUCUUCCAGACUACACAUUUUAUUCCUAUCAGCGUUUACUCAUUAUGUAAUCACUUGUUUCUAGCCGUUUGAACUGUUGUCACAAUCAGUGUUGUAGAAUUUUGUUUUACGUAAGGUAUAUAUUUACAAUAUUCAGUCUAUUUUAUUUAUUUACACCCUCACUAUACUAGUAUAUCUUCAACAUAACUUCCGAUUAAAUACUUUCAGGUAGGUCAUUUAAACCCAUUUUGUAAUUAUGAUCUUUGAAUAUUACAGGCUUUAAGCAGUUGACGAGAGCCAACGAGAUAAAAUGAAUUCAUAUUAUUCUACUAGAAUUUGUGUUCUUGCUCUUUUCAAAAUAAUGAAGGGAACUAUGUGUGUAAAAGUUAUAUUUAUUGUUGACAGGUCAUUGAAAACUAGAUACUAUAGGAGAAACUUUAAACUGAAGACAAAUUUAUUUAAUAUCAUAAUGAGAACUUGUAUUUUUUUCUUUCUUUCUAAUCGUUAUCAUCCAGCUCCUGGCAUAUCAGCUUAUAUUAAUGAACCAAUUAAAGCUUAUGAAAUAUUAAAACCGAAACUUGUUAAAUUAACGAGUAAAUUAACAGUUGAACAAAAAAAGCGUACACCAAUUUAUUUGGCUGCGACUGCUGGUAUGCGAUUAAAAUUAAUUGAAGAUCCGUUAGGAAGUUUAGAUUUAUUCUCAGUACUUCGUCAUUAUUUUAAACAGUCUGGUUUUCAAAUUGAAACACCAAAUGAACGUAUUCGUUUAUUGUAUGGAUCAGAAGAAGGACUUUAUGGUUGGGUAUCAGUGAAUUAUAUUUUAGGUAAUAUUAAAGAAGUAAGUUUUAAACUAAUAAGUUGUUUUAUUAUUUAUUUUGGAGUAAUUUUUAUUCAUAAAUGAUUCAAACAAUCUCUAAGUAGGAUUAUAAACAUCGAUAUGAAAAAACGUGUUACUGUGAACCGAAUACACUAAUCGAUACUUGUUUACUGAAAUACAUAAAAUCGGCAAUAGUAAUAACAGGUUUACUGAAUUACUUUUGUUUUUGUUACAAUAAAGAAUUCUCGUACUUACUCACUCUUACCAUCCUUCGUUGAGGAGCAUAGGUUGCUGACCAACACUCUCCAUUGAAUUCUGUCCUCGGCUAUUCUUUUCAGUUUCUAUUCAUCCUCUUCAUGUCUCCUCUUUCGCCUUCCUCUUUUCCGUUUCCCUUCAGGAUUCCAAGUUAGUGCUUGCUUUGUGACACAGUUUGAUGACUUUCUCAAUGUGUGUCCUAUCCACUUCCAGCGCCUUUUCCUAAUUUCCUCCUCAGCUGGAACCUGGUUUGUUCUUUACCACAGUAGACUGUUGAUGGUUUCCGGUCAACGGACAUUCAGUAUCUUACGUAGACAAUUGUAUAUGAAUACUUGAACUUUCUUGGUGAUAAUUGCCGUAGUAGUUCUCCACGUUUCAGCUCCGUACAGUUGAACUGUCUUGACAUUCGUAUUGAAGACUGUGACUUUUAUGUUGGUUGACAGUUAUUUUUAGUUCCAUUUGUUCUUCAACUGUAGAAAUGCUAUCCUUGCCUUGCCAGUCCUUACCUUUACGUCUGCAUCAGAUUCCCCACAUUCAGCGAUGAUGCUACCCAGAUACGUGAAACUUUCCAUCUCUUCCGGUAAUUUGUAAACCUUCUACAUUAUAGUAUGAGUAUAUGUGUUAACAUUCAUAAUUAUUCAGUUCAAACAAAUCUAAAACCUGAUAGUCAGUCGUAAUAUUUGCACAUUUGAAAAAUAAAUAGCCUAAAUGUUUGUGUAGACCGACGAGUUUAAACACCAGAUUUUCAGAUAUCGUACUUCAACUUUGAAACCUUGAAACAGGUAGAAUACCAUCGAAUCUUAUGCAGAAGGUUUGGUUGAAAGCCUAAUGUAUGGAGGCUGUAUUUGAUGGUUUUAUUACACCAAUCUUAGUUUUUUCCUGUUUGGUUAAAAAACCUGUUGCUAAGCUAUUAAAUGUUUCAUUACUUUUUUACUCACAUGUUCUUUUCUGUAAACUGGUGUACAUUCUAUAAUUAUUUUCAUGAUGUUUUAUUAUUAUUUGUUGCACUGGGAUCAUCGAUCAUUGUACCUAGUUUUUUUGUAUAGGAGACAUCAUAAGAUAUACAUGAUUGUCAGUAUAGGAACGUCGAGAUUGUUGAGUUUCAUUAAAAUCAUGGACGAUCAAUGUUAAACCAACAUUAUAAACAUAGAGGCUGUGAACUAUCGUUUAACCCUGGCCCAGUGCAUAUCCACGAGCCCGCACGCGCGACUUAAACCCAGAACCUUCGGUCUCAUGCGCGAACGCUUAACCUCAAGACCACCGAGCCAGUGUUUAGUGGUGUUAAUAUCUAAAUUCAACCAAACCAUGAUAUUGAGUUAUUAUCUUCCAUUGUCUUUGGUUGAACUCCACUGGUCACGGCCUUUCACUAGAACUCAAGUAAUUCCCCCUCAACACCAAUCACUACUGAGCAUAUGAAAAUUGUGAGUAUGGGGUUAUAGAGACUGCUGAGUUUCAUUCGAAUCAUAAACUGAUCAAUGAAAGACGGUUGCGCACAUAUCCUAUAAUUUCUUUAUAAUUAACUUAUUUCUUUUUAAUUGUUACGCUCAAAUAUGAUUAGGGUAAACAAACAAAUCCUACUGAUACAGUUGGUUCUUUGGAUCUUGGUGGAGCUAGUACACAAAUUGCAUUUGUUCCUAGACAAUAUUCAACUAUACCAAAAGAACAUUUAAACUUUUAUCCACUCCGAUUAUAUGGAAAUGAUUUUUCAGUAUAUAGUCAUAGUUUUUUAUGCUAUGGAAAAUCAGAGUUUGAAAGACGUUUAAUGACUUCCAUUGCAGCACAAUUUCCUUUACAAAAUGAAAUUCCUAAUCCAUGUUUUCUUCAAGGCUAUAAAUCGGAUUUGUACAAUGCACUUGAGUGGUUCACUGGAAGUUGUUUAUCUGGAACUUAUGCAAAGAAAACAUUUUCUGAGGAAAUUUUCCGACCUCCUAAUAUGAAUAGUUUUUCAUUUAACGGUAUAGGACAACCUAAUGAAUGUGUCAAUUAUAUCCAAAAACAUUUUCAAAUGAAAUGCAAUUUUUCAUCAUGUUCAUUCAACAAUGUUUUUCAACCAGCUCCAUUUGGAAAGUUUUUGGUAAGCCAUUUUAUGUUAAUGUUUCUAUGUCAAUGUUCACAUAGGGACUUGCUAUCCUCCUUUGCUAGUGUUCGAGAGUUAUACGUUAUUAAGUGAAUUCAUGAGUCGAUUUAAGCUAGAUCACCAUUGAUAACCUGGAAACAUUGGAAGGCCGCCUCGUCUUAGUAUAGGACUCCUAAGAAGUGCGCACCGUUGAUCCUGCAGAGGCUAAUGUGUGUGAGCGAACAAAUGCAUAGGUGAAUUUAUGGUCAAACCCAAUCAAGGUGCAGCGAAGCACGCCAAAGGCUACUAUUAGGAUUCGAGAACAUACAUACAUGGGGAUGAGGAUGACUCAUCGAGUAAUAUUUAAGCGACUAACAUUUAAGCUAGAGAGAGGUAUGUGCGUAGUCUAUCGCAUGUGAUCAAACCUACAUGUUAUGCAGACAUGAUAGUGUUCACAAUAAUACAAAGAAAUAAACGAGUUGUUUGUUAAAUAAGUUAGUAAAAGGGCUUGAAAAAAGUUAACCAUAAUCGAAAUCAAACGUAGGAGUGUUGCUAUAAUUGUUUCAAUCUAUACAAUCAACUAUUUUAUUCGAACAUGAACCACUGAAACACCUCGAUUUCAAUGAGAAUAAUAUUUUUCCCCUGGAUUUCCUGCUCCCUUUUAACAAUCUUUUUCAAUGAAUUGCCUAUCAAGUCAUCAAUAUGAUCCCUCAUGACAAAGAUCUAGUAAUAUGUAGUGUAUAUUGAAUUCGUGAUAUAGUUCAUCCUUUUUUGUUGUUAAAAUGCCCAUCAUCAUUGUUAUUCAAUGAAUCACUAAUAAAACGAUUUGCCCAAAGGUUAAAUUUUAACAAAACAGAAAAAACUCAUCUAUUUACGUUUUGUACCUAAUGUGCAUCAAAGGUAACAAGUAGUUGUCAUGACUUUUUGCCCUCAUACUAUAUCAUAUCCACCCUAUGAGUAAGAAAAAAUAAUUUUCCUACCAGUUCGAAGCAAUCUGUGCAUUACAAUAAUAUCUUCCAGAAUCUUCUCUUUAAAAUGGGCGAUAACUGAGAUUUAAUGGUUGUGUUCCCAGGUCCUACUGCUAAUACUUGAAAACAGAAAUUACUACAAUUCCUGCGACACUAAGUACAAACACGGAAGACUUAAUAUAGUGAAGAUUGAUUAACUAUUUAAAAACAUAUCUUUACUGUUUGAAAUAUGAAUAGAUCUUGAUAAUCAAUGAAUUGGUCACUAAACAUAGAUGACUAUAUCAUAAAAUUAGGCAUCUAAACCAGUCAAUAUAACUAACACAGAGCUAUGGAGAUCAGCGCGAGCGGAACGACUAAAAAAGCUACUUAUUAAAGGAGGGACGAGUAUGGCAUACGCUACUGUGAUACUUAGACAGAUAGACAUAGGUAGUAUAUAGCAGGAAUUGGAAGUGGAAUACUUACCAGCAGAAGAUUGAAAUGAAGAAAAGAGAAUGGACAGCAGUAAGCAAUCAAAACAGCAACAUCAUUGGAAGAAUGAUAAAGUAUGCAGAAGACAACUCAAGGAAGAUGAGCAAAUGAUGUAUUUGAUGUGAUUUUCAUGUUUUACAAAGACAUUGUGUAAUUUUGUUUACUCAACCCAAAUCUUCGUACAUUACAAUACGAUCACUCCUUAAACUGUAAUGAUCUGUCUCAGCUUAUAGGGGAAAUUUCAGUAUCACAUAUCACUAGCGUUCAAAUGAAUUAAGCUCUUGGUCACCCUAUCAUUAACAUUCACCUUUUAAAUAGUGUGUGUUUAGCCUUGAAAUCUGCUUUUUAUCGAGGGAAUGGUGUGCAAUGCAGUUUUUUAGGAAUACGGAAGGGAUUGGAAUGGGAGAAAAAUUAACUUAACAAAUCAGUAACCACUCGAAAUAAACUUAUAACGUCCAAAAAGCACUCACGCAUAAUAAGUAACAAUACAAACAUGAAAUUAUGACGAUCGGAUAUCCAAAACAAGCAGUUUAAAACAUAAAAUUUUUAACUCAUUACUUUAUAUCAGUCUUGUUGGCAAGUUAUAGCUCGAAAAGCUCAGAUCAUAAAGCUGGAUGGUACUGGUUCGAUUCCCAGAAGAUACGUCAGUUCCCUAAAGAUUGCAGAUGCCAGUUUUCGACAAAUACCAGUUAGCAUGAAAACUAGGUUAAAAAUUUCCCGUCGAAUAAUUCCAACGACCAAGCAUUCAUUGACUUAUUAAAAAAAACUACUGACAGAAUGAUGAAAACGAUGCAAUAAAUCAUUCAAAGAAUAAAGUACCCUGCCAAUUGUUGUUAAUCAUCCGAAACAUAGCUGUCAGUACACUUUUAAAAUGUUGGACAUUAGAUUUCUGAGCUUGUAAGAAAGAAAAUUCCAUUAGUGUUGUAAUAUAAUCAAUAAAGUGGCGUUUAGUGGGGACGGGAUCUGACUCCAAUUAGAUAUGUUGAUCGCUCUUGAGUGAGUGCUAUCGAAAUAUAUAUGUUGCCUAUCCUCGUAUAUAAUCAUCGACUUAAAUCGCGUUAGUCAAUAACGGAAUUAAAUAAGUCAAAUAACGAGAAUGAAUUUCGAAUACGUAUAUUUCAUACAAUCUUUGGUCCAGAAAAAAUAUCGGAGAAGCGAAGAGAAAAGAUCGAAGCAGAAUUACGCUCAGUAGAGAAGGCAUCUGAGCCAACUCCAUUUAACCAAGCGUUAAUCAAUAUUUAUAGUCACACAAAAUUAAGUUGCAGUCAUGUAAUGUAUGGGAUAAGAAGUGUACACACAUAUAUAUACGCUCAUAUAAAAACAGUCAAGAUUGAUAAGCGAAUAAUUAACAAGGUCAAAAUGUGACUCAAGUAGAAUGAAUAGAUUGGCCUGUCCGAAAGCUAGAAUAAGGUAAAUGGGUUUAACAUAAUAAGCGACAUUACAAGGGCUUAGUAAUCAAUUAGUUGAUUGCUUUACGCGGCACCAUAAAACACUAACUUCCAUUCCCUAGGCGUUAUAAAUUAACCUCUUAUGAUUUAUGACGAAUAACCUAUUUGAGAAUUGUUAAAUUAAUUGAUGAAAUGCUCCGAUCUGUUGAUAAUACACAAUGACACAGUGUGAACAAACAAUGAUCAAUCACAAAACAGAAUCAAUGACAUAAGCCUCCAAUCUUUUCUCCGGACAAAAUAAUAUGCUAAUACAUAAAAUAUUGGAUACAGGAAUAAAUACGAUUAUAAGUCAUUUAACAGGUAAACAAUUUCAGGAUAUACCAACUACAUAUCAUUCACUCUCCAAUGGAAUUAAUGCUUACGUAUCAGGCUUGUACCUGCUUUGAUAUAUCAAUAGCAAUAAAGUUGGAAAAUUUCACCAAACUGUUGAAAACCGGUGUUUUCACAAUACAGCUGUUAAUUCUUACUUAUUUUCCUAUUUCUUUAUGAUGUCUAACCUCUACACAUCACACUGAGAUUAUUUCGGUUUUAUUUCUCCUCUUUUUCGCUAUAAAAUGUGUGUAUUUCUUCUCGUAGCUGAGUCAUAGAAAUUUAAUUAUAACCAAGUAAUCCACCGACAUUUCAAUAUGGUUUCGUUUAUUUAGGAUUUAUGAAUUAUUCCUUCAUUAUUAUAACAACAAAAAACAUCAAAAUGAUUCAUGUCAAUUUACAAAUCACAUCAUUUUAGUUAACUUCCAAGGAUGAUUCAGAUUGCCAGUAACUUAGUGUAUGUCAAAUUAGUUUAAUUGCUUUAAAAUAAAAUUACUACUAUGUAUUAAUGAGUAGUAUAUUUUCUGACUAGUAAAGUGUCGUCCAAUUUUCUGGUCAAUUGAUUUGAAUGAAAUGGAUUGAAGAUAGAUUUUUUAAAAUACUUGAAUAAUUUGAAUUGUAUGAAGUGAAUUAUCGGAAAGAAUUGAAGCCUUAAGUUAUGUCAUAUUAUAUUUGAUUUCAGCCGUUGUUCAUCAAUCAUUUCUUAGUGAACUUUAUUGUUUAUAUGUAAUCUUUUCUACUACUACUAAUACUGUUAAUACAUAUACUAUUCUGGGAUUUAUUUUGAUAACUUCAUCUCGUUGUGCUGUUCUGAUAUGAUAACUUGAAUAAAUGUGCACAUAUCUACUGGGUUCUAUUCUUAGUACUCUGAAAAGUUGACACAGUGCUUUGAUAUACUUUAUCAACUUUUUCUGCAUACGAAAUAUUUCUCAGAAUGCACCUUUGUGGGUAUAAAGGUUCUUGUAGGCUAGUGGAUGCUGUUAGUAGAUUGAUUAUUCAUAUUUGAUCAUUAUUAUCUGAUAAUCACAAACUUUUUAACGUUUAUUUCAUGUUUUCUUUCACAUAGAAUAGUUCCUUGUAUGGACAGUGUCUAGUUAUGCGUAAUUUUUCUAAAAUCUUGCUUCAGUUAUUCAAAUUUUAGCAAUGUGAGAAAUAGUUGUACACAGUUUUUUUUAAAAAACUUAAUGUCACUACGAUUUCAGCCUCAAAUGAACAUCAAUUUCACUGAUAUCUCUGUUAUUCAUAAAUUUUAAAACAGUGGCCACCUCUCCGAAUCACUUAAAUUACACUAUCUUAACGCUGAAAAGAGCAUAUUCUGGAUUUUCUUAUGUGAUGCAGUAUUUAUUUCCUAACAAGAAGACAGGAUUUACACUAACAGAAGUUACUGAAGCUGUUACGAAUUUUUGCAAAAAACCGUGGAAAGAUGUGGCUAAAAUUACAAAACCAUCUGACUAUGGAUUUACUGCUAAAUAUUGUUUUGAUGGUUUAUAUAUUAUUCAAUUAUUGAAAAUGUAUGGUUUUACUACGGAUGAAUUAUGGAAAACACUUACAUUUGAUUCGAAGGUUAAUGAUAAAUCAGUUAGCUGGGCAUUAGGCUACAUGUUAGAUCAAUCUGGUCAUUUACCAAGUGAAAGUCCAAAAGUUUCUUUCAGUACAAAAUUAUUUGUUGGUCUAUUUAUUCUACUACUUCUAUUCAUCAUCGGUUCAAUUAUUGGACUAUUAUUAAUUAGAAACUUUUUGUCCAAAUCGAAAAAAUCAUCUAGUCAGGUAUAAAUUAUGUGUAAACAACAAAAACAACCAUCAUAAAUCCAUAAAUUCCAUUUUACAAUCUAUUGUGUAAUACAUCAACUAAUCAGUAUCUUUUCUUUGAUCUUCUGUUUAAUUCUACAUAUUUUCUCUCUCUCUCUUUGUGUAUAAUAGUAAAACAAAAAAGGAAAUAAAAUCAUAAUUACGGUUUAAUGCCUUCAUUGGAUUUCGAAAAUAACUAACUGACAACAACAAAUAAAUAGGCAAUACUUUUUGUUGCCAAGUAAUAAUAAUAAUAAUAAUAAUAAUAAUAAUAGUAACAAUCAUAUGCAGCAUACUAAAACCAAAAAAAAACGCACAAGAAUUCCAAUAAUCAUUAGAAAUGAUUUUAAAGUUUUCACAGUUCUAUUUUCUUUGCAUUUUAACUGUUAUACAGACAAUUCUAUGAACAAACUAACUGCAAAAUAAUAAUUUUGCUAUUUUUGUAUACGUAACAACGUGUCUUUAAAACAAUUAAAUAAAUAAAUAAAUCGUGGUAGUUAAUUUUCCUCUCCCCCCCCCAGUUGUUUUGUUAAUUUAGGAUAUUUUUUAUCGUUUUGUGUUGUUAAAUUGUGUAAUUUUCUUUUUCAAUAUCAAUAUUCUUACUGUUUAUUCUUUCCCCAGACUUAAGUGGCCAAUCAUAACUAUGUAUUUUGGUGUGUGUGUGUGUGUGUUUUAUUUUUUUAUGUGUUUAUCUAACCAUAUUAUAUAUAUAUACGUAAGUUGUGUAUUCAUCUUUUCUUCUGAUUGGUUUGUUCAUGCAUUUAUUUCGCAGCUUUUUAUUGGUUAUCGUUAUAUUCGCACUUAACGUCGUCAGAAAUAAGUAAAGGAGUUAAUCCAUGUCGGGUAGAAACAGGUGUCUACCUCAGUACAAUGGAAGAUGGUCGCGCAAUUUCGUGGAUUAGUUGAGGUUAGACAUUAACACCAUUGGAUGCCGGGUCAGUGGUCUAAUUGGUUACGCGUCUGACGUGAGACUGAUAGGCCCUGGGUUCGAAUUUCGCGGGGUGCGGGAUCAUGGAUGCGCAUUGCUGAGGAGUCCCAUGCUAGGACGAAACGGCUGUCCAGUGCUUUCAGGUUUUUCAUGGU